UCAGCUGCCAAACUGCUGACUGAGUCAGGCUUGAAUGUGGUGUUGCUGGAAGCCAAUGACAGGGUUGGUGGAAGAACUUUCACUGUAAGGAAUAAGCAAGUUAAAUAUGUGGACCUUGGAGGAGCUUACGUGGGGCCAACACAAAAUCGUCUCCUGCGGUUAUCUAAAGAGUUAGGAAUAGAGACGUAUAAAGUGAAUGAAGUUGAGCACCUGAUACACCAUGUCAAGGGUAGGUCUUACCCCUUUAAAGGUCCAUUCCCUCCUAUGUGGAAUCUGUUGGCCUACCUGGACUACAAUAACCUAUGGAGGACCAUGGAUGAAAUGGGAAAGGAGAUUCCCAGCGAAGCCCCAUGGAAGGCUCCACAUGCAGAAGAAUGGGACAAAAUGACUAUGCAAGACUUCAUAGAUAAAAUUUGCUGGACAAAUGCUGCCAAGAGUUUCGCAACUCUAUUUGUGAAUGUGGAUGUCACUUCUGAACCCCAUGAGGUCUCUGCCCUUUGGUUUUUGUGGUACGUGAAGCAGUGUGGGGGGACAACAAGGAUAUUCUCAACAACAAAUGGAGGACAGGAGAGGAAGUUUGUUGGGGGCUCUGGCCAGAUCAGUGAGAAAAUGAUGGAGCGCCUGGGAGGCCGGGUGAAGCUGAGGAAGCCCGUUGUCCGCAUCGACCAGUCGGGUGAAAGUGUCAUAGUGGAAACCUUAGAUCAUGAAUUAUAUGAGGGCAAAUAUGUGAUCAGUGCCAUUCCCCCAGCUCUUGGUUUGAAGAUUCAUUUCAACCCACCUUUGCCCCCAAUGAGAAACCAGCUCAUCAACCGAAUCCCCAUGGGCUCAGUCAUCAAGUGCAUUGUAUACUAUAAGGAAACUUUCUGGAGGAAGAAGGGGUAUUGUGGUACCAUGAUCAUUGAAGAUGAGGAUGCUGCAGUUAGUUUAACACUUGAUGAUACUAAGCCUGAUGGCAGCUUUCCUGCCAUAAUAGGCUUCAUUCUUGCUCGGAAGUGUAGAAGACUGACAGGUCUCACAAAAGAAGAAAGGAAGACAAGGCUGUGUGAGCUCUAUGCAAAGGUUCUGGGAUCAGAGGAAGCUUUACAUCCAGUGCAUUAUGAAGAGAAGAACUGGUGUGAAGAGCAGUAUUCUGGGGGCUGCUACACAGCCUACUUCCCACCAGGCAUAAUGACUCAGUAUGGAAGGAUUAUUCGGCAGCCCAUUGGCAGGAUAUACUUUGCUGGCACAGAGACAGCCACAGAGUGGAGCGGAUACAUGGAGGGGGCUGUACAGGCUGGAGAGAGAGCAGCCAGAGAGAUACUGUUUGCUAUGAGGAAAAUCCCAGACAGUGAAAUUUGGAAGCCAGAACCUGAAUCAAUUGAUGUUCCAGCUUUGCCCAUCACUACAACCUUCUGGGAGAGGAACUUGCCGUCUGUGCCAGGACUGCUAAAGCUGAUUGGAUUGUCCACUUUCUUCACCUCAGUGGCUGCGGCUGGGUUAUUUGCCUACAGAAAGGGACUUCUAGUUCGAAACUGAAAAAGCUGUUUCUUGCCACGAUUACGCUGUGGAGCUGAUCACCACUAUGGGAUUAAAAAGAAGGAUUUGCUGCUGUUUUCUCAACAUCUUCCACGUAAAAGGCACUUCGUGUAUUUGGAUGCCAGUGUGAUGAGAAAAUUGACAAAUGUAGGUAGAAAGUCAAGUUGCUUCCCCAUGGGUAAAGGGAAC